UUAUACACAUACACACGCCGGAUUCUCAUGGAGAAGCAGGAUCAGACUUGGCUUUUAGGAAGCGUUUGUUUGUCAGUGGUGUUGUUGCUGAAUGGUUGGAUUUUGAUGAGGAAAAAGUUUUCCGGAAAUUUUGGAACUGUUUUUUUGGAAAAUAGUGGAAAGAGGAAGGAAGGAAGGAGGAGGAAGAAGUUACAAUUGUGAAACUUGGUGCUAAGGAAAGCUUGAGCUGAGUUAAGCUAAGCUUUUUGGAAGCGUUUGUUUGUCAUUUGUUGUUGGGCGAUGGUUGAGUCUUGAGGGAAAGUUUUCCGGAAAUUUGGGAACUGUUUCUUGAAAAAGUGGACAAGGAAGAAGUUAAUUGUGAGAUUUGGUGCUGAAAAUUGAGCUAAACCAAGCUUUUACGACGGAUUUUGUUUGUCAGUUGUGGAUUUGUUGUUGGACGAUGGUUGGAUUUUGAGGGAAAGUUUUUCUGAAUUUUCGGAACUAUUUUCUGGAAAAGUGGAAAAGGAAGAGGAAGAAGUUAAUUUUGAGACUUGGAGGUGGGAAGGUUAGAUCUGAUGUGAGCGUGGUGGACGCGACGCGUGAUUUGUUUAGUUAGUUAGUGCUGAGAGAGGAGAGAGGAAGGACGGAAAAAGUGUGACUGAGUUUCUGACGACAUUUUAUCUAGUUAUUUAAUCUAGUUUAUUUUGACGAGUUAAAAACUGACGAAGAGAAAAGUUAAUUAAAAGUUAAUUAGUGUUAGUUAAAAGUUAUCGUUACGAAAAUGAAGCCGUGGAGUAGUAUUUACGACGGUGGGGAGGACGACGAAGAUGACGAAGUAGUCGGUCAAGAAGGGGAUUUGGACCCUUCAGUAGAAUCUUUGAGAAGUAUGGAGGAACUCGGCCCAGAGGAAGAUGAAGAGGGGGGCGACGAAGUCCAACUAGUCGAAGGGGGGAGGAGGACGAUGUCGAAUAUAUAGAAGAUGCCGAAGAGUUUGACCCAGACCAAGGCGAGGAAGAGGUGGAUGACGAAAUUGAGGGGCUUAUCCAGCAAGAAAUGUUUAGUGGAUACGCCCAAGAAGAGGAAGGAGACGAAGAAGAUGAGGAGGACGAGGUGGAAGAAGUUGAACAGAUUUCGACAAUGGCGACGACCACGACCACCACGAUGAGGCGACCAAUCCCUGUAAAAGUUCCAAAACCCAAAAUGGAUUUCAACAUUGAAGGUUUAGACAUUGAAAUGAUCAAUCCCGACGAAGAUGACGAGGACGAUUAUCAAGUCGUGGAAGAUGACGAGGAGGAAGAAUAUCAACAAGUUUACAACAACAAUGGACAAUAUGACCAAGAUCAGUAUUACGACGAGGGUGACGAGGCCGGCGCAAUGGGGGACGGAUAUUAUCAAAAUAAUGAGAACAAUCCCAUCGAAAGUGACGAGUCAAACGAGGGUGGCUUUGUCGAACAGCAUUCACAAGUUAACCAGAACAACUUGCUGCUCAACCAGUUAAGAAACGACGACCAUUUCCUCGUCCCUCCCGAAAUGCCGAGAGAAGGGCGACGAAAAAUGGAGGUGCGCCACCCCAAAUUCGUCGGUCUGAAUAAUAUGCAACUCGUCUCCAGAAUGGUGCAAAAGGGAAAAAUCGUCAACCCUGCGGCGGACGAUGAUGACGACGAAUUUCUCUACGUGAAUGCUGAACAAGAGUGCUACUUGGCGAAAAAAGGGGUGCGGGUGGUUCCUGGGAAGAGGAAUUAUCAAAGUCGGAAUGGCAACGACGUGUUUUUGAGUAGAAGUGGGAACAAUGUGUUUUAUCUCGGGGGAGGGGUUCCACUCGAACCUGUCCUCGCCCAUCCAAGACUGAACGACGUGGUGGAAAAUUUCCGGCAGGAAAUGGCUUAUAGGAAGCAUGUGUAUAAAGAUAAGGUGGUUUAUAAGGUGGACCCUUCCAGUAUUGUACCCGCCUCAGUAUCCGGGUCGGCAGGUUCCUCUUCCAUUGGGAGUGAGGAAACGGACCCCGAAUUCCUCGCGACUGACGAUGAGUCUGAGAGUGAAGUCAUCAACGGUAGCAUCGCUGCCUGGAUCGUUCCCGACACUGGAUCUCGAAGUCCGACUCCGGAGUAUGAAUUGGAAGAGCCGGAGUACAUCCUAACCACUGCUGGAUCUCAUUCACUGGAACCUCCCGCAAAAAAGAGGAAGCAGAAGCACGAACCACAACCCCACACGGAUGGAAGGAUAUAUCCAAAACCAGGGUUCUCGUAUUCUUGUCUAAUUGCAAUGUCGCUAAAAAAUUCAAAGACUGGUUGUUUGCCUGUGUCCGAAAUUUACAAGUUUAUGUGUGAUCAUUUCCCUUACUUCAAAACCGCUCCAAGUGGAUGGAAAAAUAGCGUGCGGCAUAAUUUAAGUUUAAAUAAGUGUUUCGAGAAAAUCGAGAAGCCUGGGAAUGGUACCAGGAAAGGAUGCCUAUGGGCUCUCAACCCUGCCAAAAUCCACAAAAUGGACGAAGAAGUCCAAAAAUGGUCACGAAAGGAUCCCAUGUCGAUAAGGAGGGCAAUGUCUGAUCCAGAAAACUUGGAACUCUUAGAACGAGGUGAAAUGAAGAAAGAUUACAGCGGCAAUGGUUCAGAUGAAGAUGAAGAAGAAGAAUUUGGAGAUGGCACGACGGCCACAAUUAUCACAACACAAGCUCAACGUCAGUCGGAUCAGAAAAUCCACAUAAAGAAAGAAGAUCCUCUUGAUUUUGGGACAAUCACAAACGUUCGAGGGAACUACCUUUGUGCCGCCCCUUCCGGACCUCAAACGUACACGCUUCAGUUUUCCAACUUGUCCUCGACAACACCAAUUAUCAUCCGACGGACACCGGUGAAAUGAUUACAGCAUUACAGUCAGUAUGACUCAUCAACUAGCUGUAGUAUUCUUGCUGCUACCGCGUCUCGUCCAGCGUAGAAGUGAUUACCGAUAAAAAUAACUGAGUCAGAGCGAAAGAAAUGUUUUUCAUGGUAGUAGUUGAUUUUAUACUUGUUUUUUAUAAGCUACCAACAGUACUGAGAAUUUAAUGAUAAGCUAAAUAUAAGUACAUAUAUUAAUAAUAAAAUACAGAGUGGCAAACAUUCAGCAAGUAUAGGCGGACCAAGAAAAGGAUAAUUUAUAUGAAACGAAAAGGACGAGACUGUUUGCAAGAAAAGGACUGAUUUUUAAAAUGACAAGAGUGUAGAAAAAAAGUUGAGCUCACAUUCUUACCAUUAACAAGUUUCUCUUACCCGUACUCUCUUACUAAUUUGUCGAUUUAAAAAAGUAUAAUCAAAAAUGCCUAUAAAAUAGGAAAAGGAAAUAACAAGAGGCUAUAAUUUGUAUAGAUAAGAUGAUUGAUAUCUUAUAUAAUCUAAGUACUAAAUCAAGGAGAAGAUGUAGGUAGAAUAUGUGUUUUUUAUUAGAUACAUACCUACACUAUUCUUGAACAAAGAAUGUAUUUUCACUUUUUCGGUAUAUUUGAUAGAUAAGCAAUUCUUAUCAACAAUACAAUUAUAUAAAUACUUAGCAAACGAUGAGAAAUCAGAAAUCGAAUCAAAGUCUAAUCUAAUCUUGCGGGACUAGUUUAAAUCUUACUCAUCAAGUGGCCAGAAAAAAAAACUAGACGUAGUUUUUCGAAAUAAAUAAGAAUUUCCAAACUUAUUUAAAAAAAAAACUGUAGAGUAAAAUAGAUAAGUCGUCAUUACGUAAAUAUUUACAUAAAAAUAACCCCACGUCAAGCGAAAUACACAAGAAAAAAAAACGUAUUUCUCAACAAAAACAAUGUAUGUGUAAAGUAAAAUGUAAUUAUUAACGUAUCAUCGCUAAUAGAUAUUGUGAAUAGCUGAUUCGAAACGGUAUAAAAAAGAGAGAAAGAAAGGGAAGUGUUUUUUGUAAGAAAAGUAUUUUUGUGUUGAUAAUAUUUUCUUGAUGUCGUUUUUUACUUUUAGACAGUGGAGGAGGAGGAAGGAGCGAUUUUGUACAGCUUGUAUUAUUAUUUAAAUAAUCGUCGUCGAUAAGAUAAGAUUAUUAUCAACAUUAUUAUGAAGAAAAACAGUACAGUACACAAAAACCCUUAUAUAAAUCGAUCCAUAAU